AUGAAUUUGCUCCUGGGUCUGUUGGCCCUGGCCGGCUUGGCCUCGGCUUCUUUGAAGGAGGGCCUCAAGGACAUGUACCAGAACCCCCUCUCAAACGGAUACGGAGAAGAUAUCGCCUGGGUCAAGUGGGAGGACGCUAUCGAGAAGGCCCUCGACGAGGACAAGCCGAUCUUCCUCCUCAUCCACAAGACCUGGUGCCACGCUUGCAAGGCGCUGAAGAAGACGUUCCAGCAGUCCAACGCCCGCAAGGCGUUCAAGACGCUCUCCGAGCAUUUCAUCAUGGUCAACACCGAGGAUGAUGAGGAGCCCUACGAGGAGGAGUACAGGCCCGACGGAAAGUACAUCCCCCGAUUGUUGUUCCUCGACAAAAACGGAGACCUCCUGCCCGAGUUCAAGAACAAGAAGGCCGAGUUCAAGAAGUACGCCUACUACUACUCAUCCCCCGCCGAUAUCAUUAACUCGAUGAAGGAGGUCAUCAAGCACUUCGGAUUUGAGGUGCCCGAGCUGAAGCGCGGCGACAAGUUGAAGGCCAGGGGAAAGAAGGAGGACAAGAAGGAGGAGAAGCAGACCGAGAAGAAGGACGAUAAGAAGAAGGGCGACAAGGCCGAGCUC